AUGGACAUCCGCGUCCUCACGAGCGCGGACCUCCCGCUCAUCCAGCACGCCAAUCUGGAAAACCUCCCCGAGAACUACUUCCUAAAGUACUACCUGUACCAUGCGCUGUCGUGGCCCCAGCUCAGCUACGUAGCCGUCGACGUGAGCCGCCCGCCCAGGGGGCCGUACGAUUACCCCAAGAUUGUGGGCUACGUGCUCGCCAAGAUGGAGGAGGAGCCGACGGACGGCGUGCCGCACGGCCACAUCACGAGCCUGAGCGUCAUGAGGACGCACAGGCGGCUGGGCAUUGCGGAGAAGCUGAUGAGGCAGAGCCAACAGGCAAUGGUCGAGACCUUCGACGCGAGAUACGUCUCGCUGCACGUGCGCGUUUCCAACGUCGCCGCGCGUCACUUGUACGAGGACACGCUGGGCUUCAAGAACGAAAAGGUCGAGGCCAAGUACUACGCUGACGGGGAGGACGCCUUCUGCAUGCGUCUGGACCUCGACGCCAUCAAGCAGCAGCUCCAGGACGCCGCCGGCAGGGAGACCAACGGCGCGGAUGGUGUGGAUGAGGGCGACGCCGUGGGCGAGGUUGGGAGGGAUCCCUCCAGGAACAAGGACGACAAGGAGGGGAGGAAGAUCAAGGUUGCCGUGGGGAGAAGCUUGGGCGUCGGCGCGCUGGUCGAGAGGGAUGAAAGCAAGCGUUAG